GUUCUGCACAGGGACAAAACUCGAUGUUCCUGUGGUCCCAUAGGGAUGGGGUUUGGGGGUACCCGUAGCCCCACAUGGCCCAGACCUGGCCCCAUGUCACCAUGGUCAUGGUGCCAGGAUGGGGGCAGCCCCCCAGGUACUGUGUCCAAAUCCUACUCACGCUGCACCCAGCAUCAUCCCUUUCCCUCCAGUUCCCAUCUGGAAGGACCCCCUGGGGCAGGGAUCCAUCUAUGGGUGACACCAGGUCCUGGUCAGCGUUUUGGGGUGCAGGGGAAGGGGAGAGCACCUGUGGUGUCCCCAAGCCCUCCCCAGUCCCCCCAUCACAACAGACCCCACUGUGCUGGGAUGGCACUGGACGCCUGAGCCUCCCCCUGCCUGGGACCUGCCAUGGAGACAGUUGUCAUUGUGGCCAUCGGGGUGCUGGCCACCAUCUUCCUGGCAUCCUUCGUGGCGCUGGUGGUGGUGUGCCGGCAGCGGUACUGCCACCCCAAGGACCUCCGGCACCACUACGACACCAAACCCAUUGUGGACCUCAUGGGGACUUCUGAGACACCAUCAGAGCCCUCAGAGCUGGAGCUGGACGAUGUGGUCAUCACCAACCCGCACAUCGAGGCCAUCCUGGAGAAUGAGGACUGGGUCGAUGACGCCUCGGGUCUGGUGUCCCACUGCAUCGCCAUCCUGAAGAUCUGCCACACGCUGACAGAGAAGCUGGUGGCCAUGACCAUGGGCUCGGGCACCCGCGUGAAGUCCCCCGCCAGCCUUGGGGACAUCAUUGUGGUGGCCAAACGCAUCAGCCCCAGGGUGGACGACGUGGUGAGAUCCAUGUACCCGCCGCUGGACCCCAAACUGCUGGAUGCGAGGGCCGCGGCGCUGCUGCUCUCGGUCACUCACCUGGUGCUCGUGACCCGCAGCGCCUGCCGCCAGCCCGCCGCACGCCACUGGGUCGAGCGCUCGCUGGCGGCGGCGGAGGAGCACAUGGCGGUGCUGCGGCUCGCGGCCAUGGCCGCCGAACCCGAGCGCCCGCCCGGCGCCGAGCCCCUGCGCCAGGAGCAGUCGGUCAUGUGA